ACGCCGAGAUCCAGCGAGAGCGCUUUCGGUAGGAGAAUUUUUUCGGACGGUACUUCGACCGGAAACGCCAUCAUCCUGGCUCCGGAAGUCCCCAGCAGCCUUCAGCCGGCCGGCCGAGGCGCCCCCUCGAGAUCGACCAGUCGCGAUGGUGUCGAGAACAAUCACCAACAAAAUAUUGACAAUACCCUUCUUCUUCGAGCGAAAACAACAACCGGAGGAGAUCAAACGACGAAUCUCGACGAACUCGGAACGGGAAAUCUGGUCGAAAAUCGCAACCGCGAUGAUGAUGAUGAGUUCAUUUCGAGAAGGUGCAGAACUAAUUACGAUCGUUCGGGUACCGAAUUUGGGUACAAAGAAUAUUCUAAAAGAAAAUUGGCUGCUGACACAAUUUCUACUGAUUAUCUUUCUUUAUCUCUUUCACCUGUCGAAAGGCACAAACAAUUACCUUUCGAUUCUAGUAGAACAUUACGAUCUGAACCAUCAAAAGCCAUCGAGCACCUCAGUGCCGAAGAUUUACAAGUUCUUGCCGGAGCUGAUGAAUUUGUCGAACAAGAAAGCGCCACCGAUUACUGUUAUGGUGGUUACAAACCAAUUAAGGUAGGAGAAGAACUGGUUGAACGUUAUGCCGUGAUUAGAAAACUUGGAUAUGGACACUUUUCCACAGUUUGGUUAUGCCGAGACAUAAAAACUAGUGCGGAAUCUCAAUAUGUAGCAAUUAAGAUUGUAAAAUCAGCGGAAAUGUUCAAUUGCGUUGCCCAAGAUGAAAUCAAAUUGUUACGUAGCAUUAAAUCGGCCGAUCCAAACCACGCCGGCUAUAAACACAUCAUACAAAUGCUCGACUACUUUCAGGUGAUGAGCAUCAACGGAUAUCACACCUGCAUAUCCUUUGAACUGAUGGGACCAUCUCUGUUACACCUUUUGAUACAAAGCGACUAUUGCGGCAUUCAUUUACCCGGAGUUCAAAACAUUCUAAUUCAAGUUCUUAAAGGCAUGGUUUAUUUGCACAAAAUCUGUAAAAUAAUCCACACGGACAUUAAACCCGAGAAUAUUCUAAUUAAAGUUAAGGACCAGUAUAUUCGAAAUUUGGUUGAAACAAGUACUAGAUAUACUGAAUUAGGUGUUCAAAUGCCACGAACAUAUGUAAGUGCUGAAGCUUGGGAAAAUUAUGUGUAUUGUCGACCAUUACAAGAAUUUAAUGAUAACCAAGAAACGGAACCGACGAUACCGCGGCCUAGAGCACGUUCAAUUCGUAAUGAAUCAAUAAAAAACGAAGAUGGUAUCCAAGAAAAAACGCAACGAUCACCAGUGAUGCGAGGACCUAUGUACAUAUCGUCGAAUAUUGAGGUGAAAAUCGCUGAUUUAGGCAACGCCUGUUGGGACGAUCAUCAUUUCGCCACUAACAUUCAAACGAAACAAUAUCGAGCUUUGGAAGUUAUUUUGGACGCUGGGUACAGCUUUCCCGCGGAUAUUUGGUCCGUUGGUUGUUUGGCCUUCGAGUUAGCUACCGGAGAAUAUUUAUUUAAUCCGCGGAGAACUAGCAAUAUCAGCUCCACGGAAGAUCACAUUUUAUUAAUAUGUGAAUUACUUGGCGGAAUUCCGAAAUAUAUUGCCCAAAAAGGAAAUAAUUCUAAUCGAUUUUUUGAUAGCGAAGGUACGUUAAGCUGUUUUAAUACAUCACAAUUACGUAUAUGGAAAACGGAAGAUGUAUUAGUAGAUAAAUACAAAUGGAAAAGGGUGGAUGCGAUUCCAUUUGCCGCUUUAAUCGAUGCGAUGAUCGAGCCGGAUCCGGAAUUACGUUUGACUGCGGAAAAUGCGUUAUCGUCGGAAUGGUUAAUCAUGAAGCCAUAGUUAAGAAAUGAAAUAAAGUCAAACUAUCAUCUUAUUAUUAACAAAAAAAGCAAUCACAUUAUAUUGGCACACCAAGUCUUUUCAUUUUGAAAACGUCCACUCAGUAAAAAUGAAUUGUACCUAGUUAUAACUUUCGUAUAAAAAAAUGGGGUUAGGGAAUAGAUUGUGGGAGUAUUAGUGUUGUUGUUGAAUGAAAAUGGACGUUUUUAAAAUGUUCUAUAUCGAUGUAAAAAUAAGCUUAGAGGUGGCUAGUGAUUUUUGAAUUUUUCAAAAAAUCUAGGUGUUUUUAAAGAAAGGAAUAUUAUAACCUAACUGCCGAAAAGUGAGAAUAUAUAUAUAAUAUAUAUAAAAAUGUGUUGAAUGUGUUGAAGUUCAAAGUUUUAUGUUUUUUGUUAUUUGAAUUUAUUGAUCUAUUCUAGAUUAUUAUAAGUCUAUUUAUCAGUUUAUCGUUUUUUCGUUGUUACAUUGUCAUGAUUUUUAAGAGUUCAUAUGUGAUAUAAA